CCGUGUAGUUUGCUGCCGGCUCUGGAACAGCCCGGUCAUCUCGUCGCGUUCGGUUCCGAUUCCGAUUCGAAUAGUCGAGCUGGGGAUACAUUGUUGUUUCCGGGUUAAAGUGCGUACGAUUGCGGAAGUGUCGGUAUCCUGCGCGUAGUACAAAGUUAUACCCAUCAAAGGUGUAUCGCGAUCAAAGUGAACGCUUGGUACUCGGUAUCUGGUUGUUGGAAGAAGUGGACAAAAGACCGUCGGCAAAAGUUACUGUUGGUGAGAGCUACAGGGCUUAUUAGCCCGGUUAAAUAGGAAGAGAGAGAUUCAGAAGGCCAAACAUUAUCAAGACCAUCCGUACAAUAUCUGGCGAUUAAGGAGGAGAAGGAAGCCGCUGUCUUCGAGAUCAGACUAGAUCGCCCUCCUGGAUUAUGGGCAUAUCGGAGGAAAUCAAGCUGGAGGAACUACCGCAAGAAGCCAAGCUAGCGCACCCGGAUGCCGUAGUGCUGGUGGAUCGUGCCCCAGGAUCGUCGGCCGCCUCCGCCGGCGCAGCGCUGACGGUUUCGAUGUCGGUCUCGGGCGGAGCGCCCAGUGGAGCAAGUGGGGCCAGUGGCGGCACCAAUAGCCCCGUUUCGGAUGGAAACAGCGACUGCGAAGCGGACGAGUACGCCCCGAAGCGGAAGCAGCGGCGCUAUCGCACAACCUUCACCAGCUUUCAGCUCGAGGAGCUGGAGAAGGCAUUCUCGCGGACCCAUUAUCCCGACGUGUUUACGAGAGAGGAGCUGGCGAUGAAAAUUGGAUUAACCGAGGCGCGCAUUCAGGUUUGGUUUCAAAAUCGGCGCGCCAAGUGGCGCAAGCAGGAGAAGGUUGGCCCCCAGUCGCAUCCGUAUAAUCCCUACCUGCCCGGCGGCGCCGCCACCAUGCAGACGGUAGUUGGGGCCGCCCUACCGCCCAAUCCCUUCACUCACCUGGGCUUCCAGCUGCGCAAGCCCUUCGACGCCCAACAUGCCGCGAACCUUGCCGCCUUCCGCUACCCGCACCUCUCUGCGGCCCCCAUGAUUCCGUCGGGCUACUUUAACCAAUUCCAGAGGGCUCCUCCCCAUAUGUUACCACAUGGAAUGGCUGGUAUGUACUCUCCCUCGAGCUCAUUUCAAUCCUUGCUGGCCAAUAUGACGGCCGUUCCGCGCGGGACUCCACUUGGAAAACCUCCUGCACUACUGGUGGGAUCUCCCGAUCUGCAUUCGCCCAACCACAUGCUCGCCUCACCACCCACAUCGCCUGCCUCCGGGCACGCCUCCCAGCAUCAACAACAUCCAACCGCUCACCCCCCGCCACCUCAGGCGCCUCCUCAAAUGCCAGUUGGAGUCCAGCCUGCUCAGCUUUCUCCCCAGCAUCUGGUUGGGAUCGCCUUGACCCAACAGGCCUCGAGUCUAUCGCCCACCCAGACUUCCCCGGUGGCCCUGACUUUGUCGCACUCUCCCCAACGACAACUGCCUCCACCAUCGCAUCAGGCUCCGCCGCCACCUCCCAGAGCUGCAACGCCACCCGAGGACAGGCGCACCUCCUCCAUUGCCGCACUGCGUCUGAAGGCGAGAGAGCACGAACUGAAACUGGAACUGUUGCGUCAGAAUGGACAUGGAAACGAUGUGGUCAGCUAGCUGGUGGAGCAAUUAAGGUUCAAGGAUGCAAUGGACGAUACGAAGGUCAGCGAGGAUUCCCCAAACCCAAGUGCAAAAAGAUUUCCAAUUCACUGCAGUCCUAAACUAAUAAGUUAUUCAAUUGUAUUUACCUAAGCUCCAAUUUUAAAUAAAUUCAAUAAGUAAAAUU